CCGGCCGGAGUAUCCGUAAUAGGCCGGUAUAUUCCGAAUGGUACUCGAGUGUUUUCGGCCAACUUGCGCAUGCCCACAUCAUGCAUAUGGACAUUUUCUGUCUAUGUAACAAAUAUUUGACGUAGCCACACGUGAAAAAUUAUGAUUUUGUAACUUAGAAAAAGGGAAAAUGUCUUUAGAUGAUAAAGCGUCAGUAAUUUCUGUUGGCCAAAUAUUGGAGGACAAAUCGAAACCAUUAACUGAAAGAUUCCGAGCUUUAUUUACACUAAGAAAUGUUGGCGGACGUUUGGCAAUCGACUCGAUAUCACGAUGUUUUGAUGACCAGUCUGCACUUCUGAAACACGAAUUGGCCUAUUGUCUGGGUCAGAUGCAAGAUACAAAUGCCAUUCCAGUAUUAGUAAACAUUUUGAAAGACGAUACCCAGGAAACAAUGGUUCGUCAUGAAGCAGGUGAAGCUUUGGGUGCUAUUGGAUCAGUUGAGGUCUUAAGUCUCUUAAAAGAAUAUUCCAGCGAUCCAGUAAUUGAGGUCGCAGAAACCUGCCAGCUUGCAGUGAAGCGAAUUGAAUGGUUGAACAACCCAGAGAAAGAAAGCUGUCUAUCACAGAAUCCUUACAAGUCUGUAGACCCAGCACCUGCAUCAGUUGACAUGGGAGUGUUACAACUGAAGGCGUUACUGCUGGACGAAUCCCAGCCACUCUUUGAGAGAUACAGGGCAAUGUUCUCACUUAGAAAUACGGCCACUUCAGAGUCAGUUCAAGCUUUGGCUGAAGGGUUGAAAUGUAAAAGUGCACUGUUUCGACAUGAAGUUGCCUACGUUCUUGGACAGAUUCAGAGUGAUGUUUGUGUGAAGCAGCUCUCUGAAAACCUGUGCGACCGUAAUGAGAACCCAAUGGUCAGACAUGAAUGUGCCGAGGCUCUGGGAGCCAUAGCGACACCAGAAUGUAUAGACAUUCUCAAGGAUUACUUGAAAGACCCUGAACGAGUUGUGAAAGAGAGUUGUCUUGUUGCCUUGGAUAUGAGUGAAUAUGAGAACAACGAUCAGCUUCAGUAUGCCGAUAGUCUGGUCAAAAUUAACAAUGAUGCUAAUGCUGCAAAUCUAGUAACUAUCAAAUAGUCCUGUUAUAUUUUUAAUAAAAUUUGAAUCUAUCUA